CUGUGAUACGCCGUGCCGUGGACGAAAACGUGCGUUUGUUUUCAUGAUCUCAUUCAUAUCUAAACGUUAAAAUGGUGCGUAAACUAAAAUUUCACGAGCAGAAAUUGCUCAAGAAAGUAGAUUUUAUAUCGUGGAAAGUGGACAAUAACUUGAAUGAGGUGAAAGUGAUGAAAAAAUACUAUGUUCAGAAACGAGAAGAUUACACAAAGUAUAACAAGCUUUCUCGUGAAAUCCGUGAGUUAGCAAACAAAAUCAAAGACCUGGACGCAACGGCGGAGUUUCGCACGGAGGCAAGCGCGCAGUUACUAGAGAAGCUGUACCAGAUGGGGCUGAUACCGACACGCUGGGACUUGGCCCUCGCUAUCAACGUGUCCGCAAGCUCCUUCUGCCGGCGGCGGCUGCCCGUCGUCAUGUGUAGAAACAAAAUGUCAGAGAACCUGAAAGAGGCCACAAAACUGAUUGAGCAAGGGCAUGUGCGUGUAGGCCCUGAGGUGGUCAAGGACCCCGCAUUCCUGGUCAACCGGUCACUGGAGGACUUUGUUACAUGGGUUGAUGGCUCGGCUAUCAAGCGGCAUAUUAUGGAGUAUAAUGAGAUGCGGGACGACUUUGAUCUUCUUUGAGGAUGCUACAAGCGAGGACAAGAUAUACUUAGGAUAUAAUUAAUUAUUACCAAUUUACCUUUUAGAUGCUGUAUCAUUACUUAUACAUAUAUAUAUGAUGAUAGGAUUUUAUAGUACAUGUGAAUGUGUAUGAAAAGGUUUAGGGUCACCAUUACCUUCAUAGUAUAAAAUCUAAGAAUUUCUCAAAAAGUUAUAGUACAGUCGCCAUCAGAUAUAUCUCACAAAUAUCUGAACACGCCUCUAUUGUCUGGGCGUUAGAGUGAGUGUUCAGAUAUUGUGAACACCUCGGCCGCUCCGAUAUAUCUGAUGGCGACUGUACCGUAAGGUCAGGGUACUUUAGCCUUUACAAGGUUACUUUGUCCACCCAUGAAAACCCAUUUAUUGAAUAAUUAAUUUUUAAAAACCACUAAACGCUUACUCCAAACACAGAUAAUCUCAUAAUGUCGUUUUUAAGAAUUUAUCAUCAAGUGAAGUAAUUCCCAGAAUUAAAAAAAGAUGUUUACAGAAAUGGGAAUACCAUUUUGGAGAACAAGCUUUAUCAAGGGGUGUUGGAAUCUGGUACAGAACAAUUCAAGAUAGACCCUUGUGGAUACCCUGGUUUGAUUCUGCCAACCUCUCUAGAAAAGUGUUAGUCUCAGCUUUCCGAGUCCGGUCCGGACACAUCCCUACAAACAAAUUUCUGUGCAUGAUGGGUGUUAAAUCGUCACCACUGUGUGCAAACUGUCAGAAGACUGAUGACUUGUCUCACGUGUUGUUGGAAUGCGUCCGGAAUUCGAACUUGAGAAAAAGAAUUUUUGGUAGUCUGGGCUCCAUGCACAAUGGACAGAUCAAGGCAGGCUGGUUGGCAGAGCCUAUAUCGGACAAAGCAAUCAGUGUUUACCACUUUAUUGACCUCUCCCUUGAGUAGGGAACUAUGAUAGCACCCAUGAGGCUGACAUGUUCACCUAGAGUGUCCAAAGCCUCCAUAAAAACCAGAUAAAAAAAAAAAAAAAAAUUAUCAAUUGAAUUAAAUAGGUUUUCAUGGGUGAACAAAGUAACCUUGGGGGGCUAAAGUACCCCGACCUUACGGUAUCACGAAAAGCUAUUUAAUAAUUCAGUAUAAACUAACUCCUAAUCCAUAAGUUUCGGGAAAUACUCAUAAGAUAUCCUUCAAAGUUAUGAUUUAAAGUUGUACCUCUAACAGUCCUAAUGCUAGUACAAAUUAUAUCUAAUGACAUUUAGAUCAUUAUAAAAUGAACGUUUUUUUUGAUUUGUAACUAAACAAAAUAAUCAAUUCUGUUUUCUAAUACUAUUGAUUCAAAUUUUUCUGGUAUGGUGGGCCCACGGCGGGCCGCUACAUAAAAUAACUCCAUAUACUCAGCGCCACAUGCACCAUCCCAUUAACCCGGGGUUAAGCUGUUAAACUGUUAACCCAGUGUAAAAUUGUACUGGUAACCAUGGUAACUCCAGGUAUAACCGGUUAACCCCGAGUUAGUGGGAUGGUGCAAGUGGCCCUAGGCAGGCGUGGCUCACUCUGCGAUUUCGUUUCGCUUUUGGUGUCUAGCCAUAGUAGUUGCCGCGCACCGCUACGGAACGGACGCCUGCUCGCGCUUGCGCCACCUAGCGAUCAUAUCUGUCGUAAUAUACGCGUUUUGUUUGAUUGAAACUUCUGCACCUAGUACUAUUAUUUAUUAUGUGCCCUAAGAGACAUUUUUUGUUAUUAAUUACCUAUGACCCGAAUAAAGAGUGUAAAUAAAACAAAUUAAAAAAAAA